AUGCCGUCAUACUAUUUCUCAGGCUCCGAGCAUGAAGAUAUAGUAGAGCCCAUCAUCACAUUCAGUUCGGAAGUCCCCGAGCGCGUUGAGUUUGAUGUGCAAGAUUGUGGCAUCGCUGAGCUGCAGCUGAUACGGAGGGACGUUGAGAGGCUCGAGCUCCUCCUGAGAGGAUCUUCGAAUGACUUCAGUGCUACCAAAGGUCAGUUGCGGACCUGUAUGAAGCUACAGAUCUUGAGGGCGGAGCUUGAGUUGGCCAAGAAGAUGAUGGUUGAAGGGAACCACAUCCCAGCCAAGAGUUCUCUGAACGCUUGCUGGGAUAGAUACCUCAUGAAAGCCUGGGCGAGAGCGAGGUCGUCGUCGGAUAUCCCGGACAGGCUUCUUCUCGCCUCCGGUUAUCUUGAGGGCAACUCCGAAGAGCUCAACAGGGUCAGCCAGCCCCCACCCGCUACUCUCUCAGAUCCUCUUCUUGCUCCCACGAUCUACAAGUUUGACAAGAGAGACCAGGUUAUGGAAGUCGCAGUGGAGGCAAACAAACGAGAUGUUCCGAGCUCGUUGAAUGUCCAGGCGUACACGUCCAGUCUCUCGAAGAGCCCUGACUCUUCCUAUGGACACAAGUCACAGUCGGACCGGAGGAACGGACCGACGCCUCCACCCCGCAGCAGCAGCUCGUUCUGCACUCUUGACGAUUCCGUAGAGUUUCAAGAUCGUGGAAAGCAGGUUGCGCAGGGGAACAGAUUCCUCUCAGAUGCUUUGUACCUUGCGAAUGAAUACCCUGGUGUGAACAACGCUGCUGCCUGGGAACUCGUGGACUUUUUGGUCAGAAAGGGCAACGUCGACCCGGAGAUGCAGAGGAUCCUGCAAGCUGUUAUCAGAUACGACUUCUCAUGGAAUGCUGCGAAGCCCGACUGUCACGCAUCUUCGAAUCCCGUCAGAAGCUCGUCUCGUCAGAAUCGCUCGUCCUUGGAGGAGCCAGGAAAGCCAACGGGCGAAGAGGAACGGGAGAAGAAUGAAAGAGACGACGUGAAGGCUGAGGAAAAGCUCGAUGACAUCAACGUAGAAUCAGAGAUCGAUCAGUGGAAUCAGCUCCUGGCAUUUUUGAAGAAGGUCGUUGUCCUUGUCCUUGUUGUUGAUUUUGGCGAUGACAAUGAUGAAUAA